AUGAAGAAGGGUACUUUUGAGUGGACACCAUCGGCUGAAAGGGCUUUUGAGACCCUCAAGAAAAAGUUGUGUGAGGCUCCAAUCUUAGCCCUUCCGAAUUUUGAUCAACCCUUUGAAGUUGAAUGUGAUGCUAGUGGGGUUGGAGUUGGAGCGGUUCUUCUGCAAGGAGGGAGGCCGAUUGCCUAUUUUAGUGAGAAGCUUGGUGGAGCAAGAAUGAGGUAUAGUACCUAUGACAAGGAGUUCUAUGCUGUUGAAGGGAAGAGCAAUGUUGUUGCUGAUGCUCUUUCUACGAGGCAUUGUAUGAUCACUAUUCUUGAUGCGAAGUUUUUAGGGUUUGAGUUGCUUAAAGAGUUGUAUCACGAUGAUGAGGAUUUUGGUGGGUUGAUGAAGAAGUGUGAGGAAGGGGUCGAUGGCUCUUUCAUGGUGCAAGAGGGUUUCCUUUUUAAGGGAAACAAGCUUUGUGUUCCAAAAUGCUCUCAUCGACGGUUCCUUGUUAAAGAAGCUCAUCAAGGAGGGCUAGCCGGACACUUUGGGGUUGCAAAAACAUAUGACAUUCUUCGAGAACAUUUUUAUUGGCCCAAGAUGUUUGGUGAUGUGAAAGAUGUGAUAGCUCAUUGUGGGGCUUAUCACAGGGCUAAUAGUCAAUUCCGUGAAUGA